AUGGCCGACGAGUUUGAUCCGUGCGAAUGCAUUAAUCUCUUGACUCAAGAGCAACGGAUGCAACGACUCAUUAAUAUGGUGUGUAUGCCAGUAGCCGAUGAUAAUCGGGGUGACCAUCGAGUUGUGGAUCCCGUACGGGUGAUCACUACGUGUGGGACACCCGUUGGUGGGCUAAUCGCGUGGCCAAUAGCCGCUAUACACUUGAGAGACUCGCAGACCGUAUGCAAUGACAACGAGUGCUUCAAUGAUGAACCCAUGAAUAGUUUACUCACUCAUGAGGACAGACACAUAGACAGGAGGACUGGCAUAACAGUAGGCACUGCGAUGACUGAGCACUGGAUGCACUGA